AUGCUGCCCGUGUGGGGCCCCCCCAGGCAUGGUUCAGAGCUUCACCUUGCCUUGGCAGCAGCUCAGCAUAGCACGCUCAACUUCAUGCUGGGCGCCAAAGCUGAUGGCAAGACCAUUCUGCAAGGCCUGCAGUCCAUUUUCCAAGAGCAGGGCAUGACCGAGUCAGUGCACACCUGGCAAGACCAUGGCUACUUGGUUACAUACAUCAGCAAACAUGGCAGCUUUGCUUAUUUGAGAAUUUACCCACAUGGAUUGGUGUUACUGGACCUUCAGAGCUAUGACGGCAAUGGACUCGUGAAAGAAGAAAUUGAUGGCCUUUUGAACAAAGUAGAAGAAAUAAUGAGAGGACUGAGUCAAGACUGUACUGAAUGGAUGAAGCAGUUACCACCCCUAGUUUGAGCAGGUGCCAUCGACAGAUACUGGCCCACCGCUAAUGGCCGCCUGGUUGAGUAUGAUAUAGAUGAAGUGGUGUAUGAUGAAGACUCGCCUUAUCAGGACAUUAAAAUUCUGCGCUGGAAGCAGUUUGGGACUAUCAUCAUCCUUAGUGGGGAUAUUAAUUUGGCAGAGAGUGAUUUGGCAUGCCCUCGAGCCAUAAUGGACAGUGGCAAAGAUUAUACUGGCAAAGAUGUCCUGAUUCUGAGAGGUGGAGACAGGAGCAUAUUAUGUGAAAUAGUCAAACCGAAACCAAAGACAGUCGCUAUGGUAGAGAUGGACCAAAUGGUGAUUGAUGGAUGUAAGAAAUUCAUGCAAAAAACCUGGGGUGAUGUCUUAGACAAUCUUCAAGGAGACUACUAUCAGGUUCUCAUAGAAGACUGUAUUCCAGUACUGAAGAGAUACGCCAAAGAAGGGAGGGAGUUUGACUACGUGACUAAUGAUUUAAUGGCUGUUCCCAUCUCCACAGUUCCCAAAGUAGAUUCCACAUGGGAAUUUCUGAGACUGAUUCUUGACCUCUCCAUGCAAGUACUGAAAAGAGACAGGAAAUAUUUUACACAGGGCAACUGCAUCAAUUUGACGGAAGCCCUGCCACUCUACGAAGAACAGCUUGGGCACCUGUAUUGUCCUGUGGAAUUCUCAAAUUCUCAUACUUGGAUUCAUGGAAGCAGAGUAGCAAAGUCCUACAUGAAAGGCUUUCCCCGCUCUCCACCCAUCCUACCAGAAAAUGGUGCUGCAGUCACUAAUGCUGUUAUUAAGAAGGUUGCAGCAUCAAGAGCCAAUAAUGUCUUUGAAGAAGAUCUUGGAUCAUUGAUAAUUAAGGUCAAGGUUGAGAAAAAUGAGACUUUGGAAAUCUUCCUUCUGAGGCAUUCCAGCUCCCAACCUUUCUCUUCAUAUCUAGCAGACUUCCAUGCUGCUACCAUGCAUGUUCUCAAGGGAACCAGCAAUUUGUUUCAGAGCAAAACCCUGUCAAUGGAUGAAGCUGUCUUUUCUGGAGCACUCUCCUGCAUCUUGCUUACCCAGCCAUGUUUUCCUUGCAUUGUACCUCUGUCACUGAAUGCACCAUCAUCCUCAUUAGAUAAUGACGAGACUCUGUCUUAA